AUGAUCCUCGGUGUUCCAGAGGACUCUGCAAGGGAAGGAAACCACAAGAACCAACGUGGAAGAAACUGUUCCAAGUGAAUCAUAUAGGACCUCUGGAAUGCCCUGGUCCGGCACCUCACUCUCAGUCAUCAUAUCUACUGUUAGAAUAUGAAUAAAGCCUCUAGUCUGAGCUCAACCUUGUCUGACCGUGUCCAUCAGUAGUGGGUGGAAAAUCUAUUCUCUCUUUUAUACCCAUGAAAACACAGCUCCACUUUCACUCCAUGUUGUAGUGAUUGAGAAGUUUAAAGACACUGGAAAUAGACUAGUGUCCUGUCCAGGGGCUGUACUGUACAUCAAGCUGCCUCAUGAUAAAGGAACAGGAGAUAGACUAGUGUCCUGUCCAGGGGGUGUACUGUACAUCAAGCUGCCUCAUGAUACAGAAACAGGAGAUAGACUAGUGUCCUGUCCAGGGGGUGUACUGUACAUCAAGCUGCCUCAUGAUAAAGGAACAGGAGAUAGACUAGUGUCCUGUCCAGGGGGUGUACUGUACAUCAAGCUGCCUCAUGAUACAGAAACAGGAGAUAGACUAGUGUCCUGUCCAGGGGGUGUACUGUACAUCAAGCUGCCUCAUGAUACAGGAACAGGAGAUAGACUAGUGUCCUGUCCAGGGGGUGUACUGUACAUCAAGCUGCCUCAUGAUACAGAAACAGGAGAUAGACUAGUGUCCUGUCCAGGGGGUGUACUGUACAUCAAGCUGCCUCACUACAGAAACAGGAAAUAGGCUCCUGCUCCAGUGGGGUUGCUGUUAUACUGUAUCAUGUGAUGUGUAGCUUUAAAUGCUCUUUACCGGCUGUUUCCUUGACCGUUUCCUUACAUGGUUACAUUUGUAUUCUGUGUGUGUGUGUGCAUGUUUGUGCAUGCAUAUAGACAUGUGUGGGUGUGUAUUGGAAGCCCCAUAAUUACAAAGCAAUGUGUGAGCACUGUUAAACACACCUCGUACUUCUGACUGGCAGGCAGGCCAAAUGGCAGGACCAGCCCCUCUCGGGAGGGUGGGAGGCAUUCCACAGGUCUGGUGUUCAGGAUCACACACACACACACACACACACACACACAGGACAACGCACACACACAUUUACAUUUUAGUCAUUUAGCAGACGCUCUUAUCCAGAGCGACUUACAGUUAGUGAGUGCAUACAUUUUUCAUACUGGCCCCCCGUGGGAAUCGAACCCACAACCCUGGCGUUGUAAGCGCCAUGCUCUACCAACUGAGCUACAGGAGGCCUAGACAACACACACACAGGAUCACAAACACACACAGGACAACACACACACAGGACAACACACUCACAGGACAACACACACACAGGACAACACACUCACGCAAACACACACACUAGAACUACAAGGUGCCAGAGGAUCCCAGAUACGCAGAAAGAGAGGGAAGAUGAGAGAGAGAGAGGGAGAGGAAGGGAGAGGGAGAGAGAGGGAGAGGGAGGAUGAGAGAGAGAGAGGGAGAGGAAGGGAGAGAGAGAGAAGAGUAGAGCACCUCAGUCGACUGCAGGGAAGACCAUGGGGGCUCUGACGGGGCUUCUCUCUGCGCUAGUCGCUCUACUGUGGACCCUCCCUCCAGGUCAGUCAGUCUGUCUACCAUGUCAAUCUAUUGGAGCUCUUGUUUCUGCUUGGUAAAAGUACUUUUGAGAUCAAGGGGAACUCCUUGCAUCAGGCUUGCUUUCUUUUGGUCUGCAUUCCAGGGUCUUUGGGUGAGGAGGAAUGCAGUGGUUUCAGACACCUGGAGAACGGUAUAACAUUCUUCCGCUACAGGGGGCUGUAUGUGACGUUCACCUGUAACCCUGGCUACAAGAUCCAUGGUUAUAGGACCAACAGCUGUGUGUCUGGACAAUGGUCCAGGGAACCUCCUGUGUGUGUUGGUAAGUGACUUUGAUUCAUUUAUUUCAAGUUACGCUAUUCAAUCUACAUUUUAUGGCCUUCUCCCUUUCUCUCUCUCUCUCCUUCUCCUUGUUUCUCUCUAUCUCCUUCUCAUCCUCUCUCUCUCCUCUCUCUCUCCUUCUCCUUCUCUCUCUCCUUCUCCUCCUUCUCUCUCUCUCCUUCUCCUUCUCUCUCUCUCCUUCUCCUCUCUCUCUCUCCUUCUCCUUGUCUCUCUCUCCUUCUCCUCUCUCUCUCUCCUUCUCCUUCUCUCUCUCUCUCCUUCUCCUUCUCCUCUCUCUCUCCUUCUCCUUCUCUCUCUCUCCUUCUCCUUCUCUCUCUCUCCUUGUCUAUCUUCUCUUUCCAGCUUUUUCUCCUCUAAUCUGUGUUGAAUCUCCUGUUUGUGUAUUCCAGGCUCUGGGUGUCCCAGCCCUGGGGAUCUCACGCAUGGGGUUACAAGUGUGACAGAUGAUGGGUCCUGGGUUCUCUUCAGCUGUGAUGCCGGCUACAGGCUCUAUGGACACUCACUGCUCUACUGCAAGGGCCAGAACUGGAACGGCACCAAGCCUGUCUGCAAGGGUGAGAUAUUUAACUUACUGACUUGGUCCUCUUUGCCCCCUUGGGGUGUCCACCGUGGCCCUCCACCUCACUCUUUUCAGUGUGAGGCCUGAGGGUGAGACUGCUGUAGAUUACUAUCAACAUCGUAUUAUACAGUAGGCUACCCUCCUUCAUGUGGACCAGUUAUAAACAUACCCUGUAAUCUGAUUUUUAACCUGCCUUAAACGAAGGCAUCGAUGGAUGAUGUCUCCUGAUCUUGAUCCUCCUCUCUGACUCUCCCUCCUAGAGUCUGACAUGAUGAGUUCAGGGAAGCAGAAGGAGCCAACGGUCCCGAUGCCCGGGAUCCAGAACCAGAACCUUGACGCUCCGUUCGCUCUGAAGAACCACCUACGGCUUCACUACAAUACCAUCGCUAACACUGCCUCCAAGGAUGCCUUCCUCAAGCCCAACUUGCUGGCCAACGCACCACCCAAAGACCCCCACACCCACCUAAAAGACCCACACUCCAUAGACUUCAGCCCCAAAGCUCACCUUGUGGAGGAGAUUCUGAAAGACACCAGGGGUCUAACAGACAGAGAAGGGGCCCCUGAGAAGCCCACUAGACCACAGGCCUCCACAUCAUCCUCUACUACUACAGAGACCAUUACUUCCACAUCUGGCCUGCCGGUCUCUCCUGCUGAAGGGUAUGGGCACCAAGGGACCUCCAUAGCCCAGGCUGAGCAGGACGAUUCAUUACCCAGGAAGGAGGUGCCGACAGGGGCCACCCAGGUGGAGCCUGGCCAGGGCGUUACGGAGCCAGCAGAUGUGAGCAGCACAGAAACACAGGAGCCUGGUCCUCAGAGACCCACUGAGACGAGCUCCACAAGCUUCAUCAACUCUAGCAACACCACCAGCCACUGGGUCAAUGGAACAGACAUGGAUGGUCAUCACAUCCAGGUGAAGGAGACCGCAUCAUUAUCUCUUGAUGAUGAUGAUGAUGGUGAAACUCUUCAACACAACGUGACCUCUCCGGAUCUGGCAUCAAACGAGUCCUCACAGUACAAUGAAACCGACACAAGUGACCGUCAUCACAGUCAGGCCAAUGAGACAUCAUCAUCACCACUGUCCGGUGAUGAUCGUGAAACGUCCCUACACAAUGGGACUUCAUCAUAUCUGGCUUCAAACAGGUCAGACCAUCAUCUUGUUAAGGGUGCCACAGGCACAGUGGACCUGCUCGGGCCUGUGACCAUAACCAGGCGUCCGGUGUGCCCUUACCCUCCCCUGCCCGCUCAUGGCACCUUCUACUUCCGUACGGUAGACAACCCUGGUCCGCAGGACUACAAACACUACAUCCAGUACGCCUGCUAUGCAGGGCACACACUGGCCCACGGGGAUAUCCACAGCUACUGUCUGCAGGGCGGACGGUGGAGUGGUGUCACACCUGUCUGCUUGGGUAAGUCACUGCACUAUCAUUCCCCAAUGUAUUGCCUCUACAGAUUCUGUAGUACCGAAUGGAAGGCCUACAGAAGGCCCUAGAAGCAUUGUUCACAACCUAUGUUGCCAUGUUCACCUCAUGGGCUGAGUCCUCUGUGUUUGGGAAGGUGAGAAGUAAAGGGUCCCUGUACUUAACCCUGUUAGUUGCUGUGUAGAGAUGAUGUGUGGAGAUGUAUGUGUAGAGAUGUAUGUGUAGAGAUGUAUGUGUAGAGAUGUAUGUGUAGAGAUGUAUGUGUGGAGAUGUAUGUGUGGAGAUGUAUGUGUAGAGAUGUAUGUGUAGAGAUGUAUGUGUGGAGAUGUAUGUGUAGAGAUGUAUGUGUGAGAUGUUGUGUAGAGAUGUAUGUGUGAGAUGAUGUGUAGAGAUGAUGUGUAGAGUAUGUGGAGUGUUGUGAGAUGUGUAUGUGUGAGAUGUAUGUGUGAGAUGUAUGUGUGGAGAUGAUGUGUGGAGAUGUAUGUGUAGGAGUAGGUAGUGUAGAGAUGUUGUUGAGCUGUAUGUGUAGAGUGUAUGUUGAGUCGUAUGUGUAGAGAUGUCUGUGUAGCAGCUGUGUGUAUUGGAUGCAUGUGUGAGAUGAUGUGUGAGUGAUUGUGGAUGUGUGUGGAUGUGUGUGGAUGUGUGUGGUGUUGUGGAGUGUGUGUGAGACUGAUGUGUGAAUGAUGGUGUCAGAUGCUGUGUGUGAGCUGUGUGGAGAUGAUGUGUGGAGAUGAUGGGUGUAGAUGAUGGGUGUAGAUGAUGGGUGUAGAUGUAUGUGGAGAUGAUGUGUGGAGAUGUAUGUGGAGAUGAUGUGUGGAGAUGAUGUGUGUUAGGAGAGAAACAGGUAACGAAGGGAGACGUGUGCAGCUUUCUCUGUUUUCUACAUUAUUACCUCAGUGACAUCAGAAGAUCUGUUACACGCGUUAUCUCUCAGUAACUGACUAACUGAGUGACUGACUGGCAGACUGAGUGGAAUCACCAGGAAGUCAGUGCUGUGCUUGGUAGACUCUGGCAGCCGGUCCCAAUUCACUUAUUUCCCCUUCCCUUCUCCUUGGAACUAACCCUUUGAUGGGUAGGGAGUGAAUUGGGACCAGCUGUGGUUGUUGGAAGACAGUCCUAUUUUAAAUUGAUGGGGCUCAGUGAAGGUAUAGUCAUAAUUCAUAGGUGGCCAACCCUACUCCUGGAGAGCUACCCUCCUGCAGGGUCUUUAUUCCAGCCCUACUAUAACACACAAAGCCUGCACACCUGUUAUAGUACUAUACAGAAUCACCUUCAUUCACCAAGCGCAUUUUACAUGUACCAAAAAUUUGACCUGGUGAAAUGGUAUCAGACAAUAAACAGAAUAUACAGACAGGAUAUACAGACAGGAUAUACAGACAGGAUAUACAGACAGGAUAUACAGACAGGAUAUACAGACAGGAUAUCCAAUACAGACAUGAGCCACUGACUCCUCCAUCUCUGGCCUCUAACCCUAGAGGUGACCCCCUGCUCCCUGAACAACGGAGGCUGUUCCCAGCUGUGUAGUGUGAACCAGGAACAGGCUCAGUGUCACUGCAGACCAGGCUUCACCCUGCUAGAGGACCACCGUACCUGUAGAGGUCAGUAAAACAAUCAAUCAAUCAAUCAAGGUGAGAGACGAAGUGACUCGGUUUGAACCCAGGGUCUCCUGUGCGCCCCAAGACAGUGUUCACCCACUGAGAUAAAGCCGUAGCAAGUAACGCAAGUCCUCAAGGGACAUGUUUCACUGAAACAACUGGUACAAGAGCUACUACACAUUCACCAAGCUUUGUGGUAGAAAUAGGUAUUUCACUUUAUGAGCCCAAAACCACUAGUCAGUGUUGUGUUUGUGCUCCUUGUUGGGGUGAGAGGUCAAAUGUCUUGUUUGUGUUGCCUUGACUACCCAAGAUGUCUUCCUCCACAGUGUCCGACUAGCCAAGAUGUCUUCCUCCACAGCCUCUGACUAACCAAGAUGUCUUCCUCCACAGCCUCUGACUAACCAAGAUGUCUUCCUCCACAGCCUCUGACUAACCAAGAUGUCUUCCUCCACAGCCUCUGACUAACCAAGAGGUCUUCCUCCACAGCCUCUGACUAACCAAGAUGUCUUCCUCCACAGCCUCUGACUAACCAAGAUGUCUUCCUCCACAGCCUCUGACUAACCAAGAUGUCUUCCUCCACAGUCUCUGACUAACCAAGAUGUCUUCCUCCACAGCCUCUGACUAACCAAGAUGUCUUCCUCCACAGCCUCUGACUAACCAAGAUGUCUUCCUCCACAGCCUCUGACUAACCAAGAUGUCUUCCUCCACAGCCUCUGACUAACCAAGAUGUCUUCCUCCACAGCCUCUGACUAGCCAAGAUGUCUUCCUCCAUAACCUCUGUAUAAAGAACAGCUGUAGUGUCUAAAACAACAGGGUCUGCGAUGUGAUCAUGAUGCCCUCUAAAUUCAAUGAUGUUUUUACAGCCUGAGAAGCUCCCAUUUAGAGCUUGACAUUCUUGACCCAUAACAUCUUUAACACUCUGAUCACACGGCAGCACUGCAGAGGGACCAAGCUACAGCGUGGGGAAAGACCAUGUUAAUAUGUUUCAUGAGCUCUAUUCCACGGUUCACCUACAAAGUAGUCUCUUGUGACAGCUGGACAUUUGGUUCUGGGUGUCCAGUAAAUAACCUGGGUCAAAUGAUCUACCUUAAAAAGCUUGAAAUUGGCUUCUGUUAAAAAGUGUUUCUCUGUUGAGAAAUACUUUCUCACAAUUUCUAUUUUCCCUCAACAGGUUAUAUACACGCUGGCAGUAACCCAUCAUUUGAGUCUCAGAAUAAAGUACUACUAUUAUUCACUGUCUAUAGACAGGUGGUUGAAUAAACAGGUGGUUUUCUCCUGUAGUCAGACCUGACUAUCAUAAUAUCAAUACAUGCUAUAAUCAGUCUGACUCAGACAGGCAUACCAUACCAUACCAUACCAUACCAUACCAUACCAUACCAUACCAUACCAUACCAUACCAUACCAUACCAUACCAUACCAUACCAUACCAUACCAUACCAUACCAUACCAUAGCAUACCAGACCAGACCAUACCAUACCAGACCAGACCAGACCAUACCAUCCCAUACCAGACCAUACCAUACCAGACCAGACCAGACCAUACCAUACCAGACCAGACCAGACCAGACCAGACCAGACCAGACCAGACCAGACCAUACCAUACCAUACCAUACCACACCACACCACACCACACCACACCAGACCAGACCAGACCAUUCCACAGAGAUAAAUAUUAAUUUACACAUUCCAAUAUUACAGCAGUGGUGUAAACACACACAUCUAUACACACAGCUACACACACAGCUACACACACAGCUACACACACAGCUACACACACAUCUAUACACACAGCUACACACACAGCUACACACACAUCUAUACACACAGCUACACACACAGCUACACACACAUCUAUACACACAGGUACACACACAGCUACACACACAUCUAUACACACAGCUACACACACAGCUACACACACAUCUAUACACACAGCUACACACACAGCUACACACACAGCUACACACACAGCUACACACACAUCUACACACACAGCUACACACACACAUCUACACACACAUCUACACACACAUCUAUACACACAGCUACACACACAUCUAUACACACAGCUACACACACAGCUACACACACAGCUACACACACAUCUAUACACACAGCUACACACACAUCUACACACACAUCGAUACACACAGCUACACACACAUCUAUACACACAGCUACACACACAGCUACACACACAUCUAUACACACAUCUACACACACAGCUAUACACACAUCUACACACACAUCUACACACACAUCUAUACACACAGCUACACACACAGCUACAGUUGAAGUCGGAAGUUUACAUACACUUACGUUGGAGUCAUUAAAACUCGUUUUUCAACCACUCCACACAUUUCUUGUUAACAAACUAUAGUUUUGGCAAGUCGGUCAUUUUUCCAACAAUUGUUUACAGACAGAUUAUUUCACUUAUAAUUCACUGUAUCACAAUUCCAGUGGGUCAGAAGUUUACAUACACUGUGCCUUUCAACAGCUUGGAAAAUUCCAGAAAAUGAUGUCAUGGCUUUAGAAGCUUCUGAUAGGCUAAUUGACAUCAUUUGAGUCAAUUGGAGGUGUACCUGUGGAUAUAUUUCAAGGCCUACCUUCAAACUCAGUGCCUCUUUGCUUGCCAUCUGUCACGAUCGUCACAUGAUGAAGCAGACCAAGGCGCAGCGUGAUAGGCAUACAUACUUUAUUAGUGUACACACACGGACCAAAACAAUAAACAAACGAUACGUGAAGUCCUGGGUUAAUAACACAAACCUUAACGGAACAAGAUCCCACAAUAAACAUGUGCCAACAGGCUGCCUAAGUAUGGUCCCCAAUCAGAGACAACAAGCUACAGUUGCCUCUGAUUGGGAACCACCCUGGCCAACAUAGAUAUACACAAACUAGAACACAAACCUAGAAAACUAAACAAUGAAACCUACACACCCUGGCUCAACAUAUAAUAGUCCCCAGAGCCAGGGCGUGACAACAUCAUGGAAAAUCAAAAGAAAUCAGCCAAGACCUCAGAAAUAAAAUUGUAGACCUCCACAAGUCUGGUUCAUCCUUGGGAGCAAUUUCCAAACGUCUGAAGGUACCACGUUCAUCUGUACAAACAAUAGUGCGCAAGUAUAAACACCAUGGGACCACGCAGCCGUCAUACCGCUCAGGAAGGAGACACGUUCUGUCUCCUAGAGAUUAACGUACUUUGGUGCGAAAAGUGCAAAUCAAUCCCAGAACAACAGCAAAGGACCUUGUGAAGAUGCUGAAGGAAACAGGUACAAAAGUAUCUAUAUCCACAGUAAAACGAGUCCUAUCUCGACAUAACCUGAAAGGCCGCUCAGCAAGGAAGAAGCCACUGCUCCAAAACCGCCAUAAAAAAGCCAGACUAUGGUUUGCAACUGCACAUGCGGACAAAGAUCGUACUUUUUGGAGAAAUGUCCUCUGGUCUGAUUAAACAAAAAUAUAACUAUUUGGCUAUAAUGACCAUCGUUAUGUUUGGAGGAAAAAGGGGGGACUUGCAAGCCGAAGAACACCAUCCCAACGUGAAGCACGGGGGUGGCAGCAUCAUGCUGUGGGGGUGCUUUGCUGCAGGAGGGACUAGUGCACUUCACAAAAUAGAUGGCAUCAUGAGGAAGGAAAAUUGUGGAUAUACUGAAGCAACAUCUCAAGACAUCAGUCAGGAAGUUAAAACUUGGUCGCAAAUGGGUCUUCCAAAUGGACAAUUACCCCAAGCAUACUUCCAAAGUUGUGGCAAAAUGGCUUAAGGACAACAAAGUCAAGGUAUUGGAGUGGUCAUCACAAAGCCCUGACCUCAAUCCUAUAGAACAUUUGUGGGCAGAACUGAAAAAGCAUGUGCGAGCAAGGAGGCCUACAAACCUGCCUCAGUUUUACUAGCUCUGUUAGGAGGAAUGGGCCAAAAUUCACCCAACUUAUUGUGGGAAGCUUGUGGAAGGCUACCCGAAACGUUUGACCCAAGUUAAACAAUUUAAAGGCAAUGCUACCAAAUACUAAUUGAGUGUAUGUAAACUUCUGACCCAUUGGGAAUGUGAUGAAAGAAAUAAAAGCUGAAAUAAAUAAUUCUCUCUACUAUUAUUCUGACAUUUCACAUUCUUAAAAUAAAGUGGUGAUCCUAACUGACCUAAGACAGGGAAUUUUUACUAGGAUUAAAUGUCAGGAAUUGUGAAGAACUGAGUUUAAAUGUAUUUGGCUAAGGUGUAUGUAAACUUCCGACUUCAACUGUACACACACAUCUACGCACACAGCUACACACAAAGCUAUACACACAUCUACGCACACAGCUACACGUGCUCUCCUGGGUAAGAUCAGGAGCUCAACUAGCAGGUACAGUAGUUGAUAUAUCUCCCUGAGUCGUUUUCCACACACUGCAGCUUCCUCUAUAAAUCAGAUGUUUUUCUCUGAGUCUGUAUUUCAUGUAUUCGAACAGGGCCAGACCGCUGAGGCCAGGGCUGCAGAUCACAUCAGUGGAACAGAACAGGUGGAUGUUAGCUAAUACACACUGUUGUUGUAACAUAAGACUGAACACUGACACGAUCAAAACAGCAUCACACAUCGCCUUUGUCAGACAUGAAAGCCAACGGUGCAUGGGUGGUCUCCAUGGCAAUGAGGUGUGCCAGAGCGAGAGAACAUUAGAGAGAGACAGAGAGAAACAAAGAGAGAGAGAGAGAGAGAGAGAGCUGCUAUACUCUUUCAUCUCAGGGCCUUUGUGACAUCAGCAUCAGACAGGCCACUUUCCUAAUUGUGUGUGUGUACGCACGUGUUUUUAAACAAUACCUGUGUGUGUCCUCGGUGCAGAUGUGGAUGAGUGUGUGGAGGGCCAGCCGCAGCAGCGCUGCCAGCAGACCUGCGUCAACACCUUCGGCUCGUUCCGCUGCUCUUGCCCCAACGGACACAUCCUGGCCGGGGACGGAAGGGUCUGUGUGGCUGAGUGUCCAGCAGGGUACAGGAAACAACCCUCAACCCCAAAACCUGGAGGAAACUCGUCCAGAAAGGCGUGUGUGGGUAGGAGACACUGGGGAUGCAUUAGGUUCAGUAGAAAUGAAGAGAGAAUGCCGCAACCUUUAGUGAGACUAGUGGAAUAUCUCUCUCUUAAUUACCCUCGUGGAAAUCUAAUUAGCAUAAUCCAAAAAUCCCUGUAAAAAUAUGUCAAUUUAAACGAGAUAUCUCAAUCCACCGCAUCAGCCGAUGUCGCACUUCCGCAUCUGCGGUGAAAGAGCUAGAGCAGUGUUGGUCAGACCAUGAGACAUCCCGAAAAUCGGUCUCUCACAAUAUAGUCUGUAAUGGAAGGAUGAGACUCUCACGAACAUGAUGGUGUCCUCCCUUUUGCUCUAUGACCGCCACAAGCGUCUUGGGACUCGUCUUAAGUCGGUACAGCCGAUCAGCCAACUUCUGUCUGUAGCAUCCUAACGGUUUGGGCAACACACUAAUAUGACCCCUCUGUGGAAAGGUGAGACUCUCACGAACAUGUACAUUGCUCUAAGUACAUUGCUCUAGGAUGCCCACAGGCCUCACAAGACUCGUCUGAAGGGUCCCCGGUACCAGUUGAAAAAAAGGAAUGGAAGUAUAUAUGGAGACUGUUCAGUGCCAAAAAUAAGGGGUUAAAUACAUGUUUAAAAGAACUACAAAAAACAAGUCAAAUAACAAAUGUUUCCCGAACCUACUUAUAUCGCUCAGAUAUAGGGCAGACACUUCAGAACAAACUAACUUUAUAUCGCUCAGAUAUAGGGCAGACACUUCAGAACAAACUAACUUUAUAUCGCUCAGAUAUAGGGCAGACACUUCAGAACAAACUAACUUUAUAUCGCUCAGAUAUAGGGCAGACACUUCAGAACAAACUCACUUUAUAUCGCUCAGAUAUAGGGCAGACACUUCAGAACAAACUAACUUUAUAUCGCUCAGAUAUAGGGCAGACACUUCAGAACAAACUAACUUUAUAUCGCUCAGAUAUAGGGCAGACACUUCAGAACAAACUAACUUUAUAUCGCUCAGAUAUAGGGCAGACACUUCAGAACAAACUAACUUUAUAUCACUCAGAUAUAGGGCAGACACUUCAGAACAAACUAACUUUAUAUCGCUCAGAUAUAGGGCAGACACUUCAGAACAAACUAACUUUAUAUCGCUCAGAUAUAGGGCAGACACUUCAGAACAAACUAACUUUAUAUCGCUCAGAUAUAGGGCAGACACUUCAGAACAAACUAACUUUAUAUCGCUCAGAUAUAGGGCAGACACUUCAGAACAAACUAACUUUAUAUCGCUCAGAUAUAGGGCAGACACUUCAGAACAAACUAACUUUAUAUCGCUCAGAUAUAGGGCAGACACUUCAGAACAAACUAACUUUAUAUCGCUCAGAUAUAGGGCAGACACUUCAGAACAAACUAACUAUCUGUUUUUCCAUUUAGUGAAUCUGUUAUUCAAUGCGUUUGUAUGAGCUAAUUGUAGUAAGGCCAAAUUAAAAUGUAAUUUUUUUAUAUAUAUCUUUGGUACUUCAAGGAGUCUUAAAAUUCAAACUCACAAAUAGCUAAAGGAUCCUUGGUAUGACCUUCUUAAAACAAUUCCUCCCUCCGGCUUAGUCUGUAGAGGGUCUCUUUACCCACAUGAACUAUUCUCUCCUACAUGAAACAAUGUGUAUGGCAAUUAGGUGGUCUUCAACUUCUGGAAUGACACUGAUCCUUUACAGACAUCAAUGAAUGUGAGGAGCCAGAGGUCGGUGUAUCUGCACACAGGUGUCAGUGGAAGUGUGUCAACCUGCCUGGCUCCCACCGCUGUAUCUGCCCCAGAGGUUACAAACUGUACUCAGACGGACACCACUGCAGAGGUGAGAGGAACACGCCCACUAAUGCACACACAUCCAUACACACACACAAACACACACACACACACACACAGCAGACAUAAAUAGAUCAAACUGAAGUCUUUGACAAAUCUACGAUCACAAUCACUUCCAAUGAUAUCUUUCUGACCAGCCCUUGCCCUCUGUUUUAUCAACAGAUAUCAAUGAAUGUAGCCGUAAGAAUGGUGGCUGCUCUCACCUCUGCCGGAACCAUAAAGGAAGUUACCAGUGUUUCUGUCCUGCCUCUCAGCGCCUCUCCCCCUACAGUAGGAAGAAGUGUCAGCCAAGGAAAGAAAUGCAGAGUAAUGUGUAG